UUUCAAGACGCACAAACGUGUAAACCCUUCAUAGAACGCGUAUAUAAUACAUAUUAUUCCUGGUUCUGUUUUCCCGGGGUUUGUUGAUAGUGAAACACACGCACUGAGAAUCAAGACCCAACAUUGUCGGUCUGUUUCGUGUGCUUUUUUAAAUCGGAUUGUUCCUACUAUUGACUGUUGUAUGAACACAAAUGAGUUGCACAGGAGACAGCGACACUGUCGCACGUACCAAACGAAAAGUCGCGUACAUUUACAGCCCGGAGUACAUAGAAACAUGCGAUUCUUUAUCCAAAGUGCCCAAACGGGCGAGCAUGGUGCACUCUCUGAUAGAGGCAUAUGAGCUCCUCGACGACAUGAGUGUGGUGAAACCCCGCAUGGCCACCAUCCAGGAGAUGGCCCAGUUCCACACGGACGCCUACCUGGAGCACCUGCACAAGAUCAGCCAGGACGGGGACAACGAUGACCCCCAGUCUGGGGACUACGGCCUGGGUUAUGACUGCCCCAUCGUGGAGGGGAUCUUUGAGUACGCGGCGGCGGUGGGCGGGGCCACGCUGACAGCGGCCCAGUGUCUGCUGGAGCGCCGCUGUGAUGUCGCCAUCAACUGGGCCGGGGGCUGGCACCACGCCAAGAAGGACGAGGCGUCAGGGUUCUGCUACGUGAACGAUGCUGUGCUGGGGAUCCUGAAGCUGAGGGAGAAAUACGACCGUGUGCUUUAUGUAGAUGUUGACCUUCACCAUGGAGACGGUGUGGAGGAUGCGUUCAGCUUCACCUCCAAGGUCAUGACCGUCUCGCUCCACAAGUUCUCCCCUGGGUUCUUCCCUGGCACGGGGGAUGUAUGUGAUACAGGUCUAGGUAAGGGUCGCUGGCACUCUGUUAACGUUCCUAUGGAGGACGGCAUCAAAGAUGACAAAUACUACCAGGUGUUCCUCAGCGUGAUGCAGGAAGUGCGCGCGCUGUUCAACCCCGAGGCGGUGGUGAUGCAGCUGGGCGCCGACACCAUGGCGGGGGACCCCAUGUGCUCCUUCAACAUGACCCCCGUGGGCGUGGCCCGCUGCAUGCAGCACGUCCUGCAGUGGAGGCUGCCCACCCUGCUGCUGGGGGGAGGUGGUUAUCACCUCGCCAACACUGCUCGAUGUUGGACCUUCCUCACAGGGUCUGUCCUAGAGAGAACCCUGUCCUCAGAAAUACCAGACCAUGAGUUCUUCACAGAGUACGGUCCAGACUACACGCUGGAAAUCUGUCCAAGUUGUAGACCGGACCGCAAUGACAGCAAGCACCUGGACCACGUCAUCACCACCAUCAAGGGGAAUCUGAAGAAUGUGGUUUAGAAGCCGACUGGCCCCUCAACACACACACACACACACACACACACACACACACACACACACACACACUGCCUGAUGUUUCCAGGUUUGCAUGCACGUCUGCUUUAAUGAAGACAACAUGGAGAGAGGGCGAGAGAGAGAGAGAGAGCUAGACUGUGAGGGAGGGAGGGAAAGUUAACAGCAGAGGGAGAGAGCGAAGGAGACAGACAGAAAGAAUGGGGAGAAGAAAGGAGGGAAAAGAGAGGGAAUAAGACACAAAGAUGGGGGGGUUGGAAAACAUUAGUAGAGAUUUUCCAGGAAAAACACUUUUAAUGGAGGGGGGGGGGGGGGGGGUAGGGGGAUGGGGGGGAUUGUGUGGUUGCCUCACUGCGUUGACUGUUUUAAUCCUGUUUUUGAGGCUUUCAUACAUAUGUGUACAUAUGUGCACACUCGUGUGUGUUUGAAUUUGUCCCUAAGGACGUUUACGUCCCCACAAGGGAUAUCUUUGGGGCCUAUUGUGUGUGUGUGUUCAGCAUGUGUAUUCCCUGCAAGGUUCACAGCCUCAUCGAGACUUAAGAGGCAGUUGACCACUUUAACAGUUUGCAUAACCUCAACAUUUUGUAUAAAAUAGAAAACCAGAUGGGUGAGGUGUUGAGUUCGAUGUCUCUGUUGGCUUCACUUUGACCCCCCCCCCCCCCCCGUGGGGACAUGGGAGAGUCCUGCUACAAUAUGGACUGUGGAGCCUGCGGUUCCUCUCCCUGUCUUCCUCACUCCCUCUAAAACAGAGUCAAUUCCACAUACUAGCAUUUAUUUUUCUGUCACGCUACGUGACUGUGGUCGUUGUGUCCAUAUUUCAUAUCACAUAUUGUGAUUGUGUUGUCAUGGAAAUGAGAAUAAGAGGAGCCUUGGUUGACCACCAGCCAUUCACAUCAGAUUGUAUAAAAACAGACUUCGUUCAGUCAGCAGAUCUGGUCACAUCAUUAAAGUGGAAAGGGUUUAGUUUGAAAUUCAAUUUUGAAAAUGUAGAAUUCUUGUAAAAUAAAUAAAACUUUUUUUAAACGGUU